AUGUCCUACCUGAGCAGAAGCCAUGGGCAUCUUCGUCACGCCGCCGUGCUUGUCGACAGGGAAGGCGUCAGCCACGCGAUGAGCAUGGAUGACGCGUUCAGAGCUGCAAUUCUGGCUGCGCGUCUCCCUAGCGACGCAGCCCGCGAGGCCCAGUUUUGGUUCAUGGUUAACUGCGCUCCUACUGAUGCUUUUCUGUCAAGGCAUGGAAUUUGUGGCCACCAAUCGGCCUUUGGAUUGUCGGACCUGAGCUCACAGAGCAAUGCAUCGACUGUAAUACUCGACUUUGUGAAGUCGGCCGUGUCCAAUUUACCUCUUACUCUGCCGACGCCAAGCUCACUGAUCCUAAGCCGAGGAGCAUAUAGAGCAUUGAGGAUCAAGAUGCAUGGCUUCAAGAUGGAACAGGAGUUUUGCCUCAAUGUAGUGAACCUGGCAAUCGAGAAGCUUUUCUCUCAGUUUGGGGAAACUUAUCAGAUUCAUCUGCUAUGUGGCCAAACUUUGCUCACUUUGCGUUCUGGUAGCUAUUAUCACGUCAACUUCCUGGCAUCUCGCGAAGGAGAGCCUAAUCAGCUGUUUUUCGCCGAAGUCCGUGCUUCACUUAAGGGUGUGGAUGACGUGACCUUGUGCUGUCCCGUGGCAUUGUCAGGAAGAACUGGUGGAUGCUUUGCUUGCGAGUUCAAGGGAAUGAAACUCAUCCAUCCUGUUCAAGAGGAGUUCAAUGGACAACUCGACCACAUUAAGGACAGAGACCCAAAAAUGGUUGAACUAUUCAGGAAAGACCCUACCACAGGGUUGAAUGUACCACUGUUUGAUGAUUACAUCUUCUUUGAAACUGACCAGCACCCAGAGGUUACAGCCUUCCUGGAGAUUAACUACUCUGGCAUGAGUGAUGAUCAGAUUGACCUGAGUCUUUUGUGGUUCGAAAACUACCUGCCCUAAGCUGUGUUUUUUGUAUGCACGUAGUCGAGGUACCUCAAAGCAAUUAUAAUGAACGCUCAAGAGAACGCAUGAUCUGCAAAGUAAAUAGCCAGCCAUUGUGCCAGAGCAAAAGACGUACCAGUGCAGUGGCCGCUUCCUAUAUGCCCUCUGGAAUGCAUGAAAGGAAUGUAACCGCUGCAUUUUCACUGGAUGCCUUCUUACUUAUUCUGAAGUGGCGGACAUCGCAAGCAAAAACAUUCUCCAGCGUGAUCGAGCUUUCAACGGCUUCGGGCCGACCAUCCCGGCUGAGCCAGAUCGUAAUCU